GUGUUUUUCUUAUUUAUUCCACAGGUAGAAAUUAUUUACAUGACUAUCACUAUUGUUAAUCUUAAGAUAGGCAAUGUACAGCAGAAAGAAUAUUAUAUAUACGGCUUUAAAGUUUCUGAGUUCCUAUUCCUUCAGUUUGGGGGAAGUGAAAGCUAAAACAAGGGGUUCUGUCGUGAUGCUAAUGGCUGCGGUGUUGAAGGGCGGGUGGGGAUUUCGUUUCUAGGGAGGGUUACAGGUGAAACUCUUACCACGUGGCUCAUGGAAUCCAAAGUAUUGUACCUGCGGCUGCUUGAUUCUUGGAGUCCAGACCUAGCCUGGUUUGGUAAGCAGCAAGGGAAGAAAACCGCCAGAUACUUUCUUGAACGAUCUCCUUAUGCAACUGUGUUUACAGCCUUCCCGGCAGCACCCAGGGGGAACUUUAGGGCCAGGAGACUCUCACAGCCUUUAUUUGGCUCUCAGUCCCUGGGCUCUGGGAAGCAGCGAGGUGGGCUGAGGGCCCUUUUUCCUUCCCGUGGCGGCCGCGGGGCCGCACGCCCACGCGACAGGUGAGGCGCGGCGGAGCGCCAACUGCACAACCGCGGGGCCAGACGCCCGCGUUCUGCGCCGCAGGCGGCCGCGAGUUGGCGGAGGAGUGUCCCGGCGGCGGCGAGAGCCCUUGCCGACGGACGCCCGGUAGGCGGGAACUCUUCCCGCACGGGGGCGCUGCCACCUGCCCGGAGGAGGAGCCAGAGCGGGACCUAGCUUUUUGCGGCUCCCGACGCACGGGAGUCGGGAGAACUCACCCUGAUCAUGAAGGGCUGCAAAGGCAUCAGGAACCCGGCUUUCGUCGCCUCCAGUCCAGACAGCCCGCGCCGUUUGUGUCCAUUGCCCUGUUCCGUCGAGGUCUCUGUCUUGUCCACCAAUCCGCUGAGAGAGGGUUCGCAGCCGCAGGAGCCUCAGGAGUCCCAGAAGUCCCCGGAGCCACCUCUUUCUUCAGUAACUCCUCCUGGCUCCCAGGAGCGGUCCGGGCCAGAGUCACUGUCAGAGUAUGAGGAGGGGCCCUGCGGGUGGGGCAACUUCCAACCCCAGUGUCUCCAGUGCUGCAACACGCCCCAGGGCUUUCUGUUUCACUACUGCCUUUUGGCCCUCACGCAAGGUAUGGUGGUAAAUGGCCUAGUAAAUAUUAGCAUUUCCACUAUUGAGAAGCGCUAUGAAUUGAAGAGUUCCCUGACAGGCUUGAUAUCAUCAAGCUAUGAUAUCGCAUUCUGUUUGUUGUCUUUAUUUGUAUCAUUCAUUGGUGAAAGAGGACACAAACCAAGAUGGCUUGCAUUUGCAUCCUUUAUGAUAGGAUUGGGAGCACUUGUAUAUUCAUUGCCAAAAUUUUUUAGUGGAAAAUACCAAUUUGGGUCCCUUUUUGAAGAUACAUGCUUAACAGCAAAGAAUAAAACCACCUGUACUGCUUCAAGUUCUUCACUUUUCUACUACUUGUAUGUCUUUAUUUUGGGACAACUAUUGCUGGGAACAGGAGGAACUCCUCUUUAUACCCUAGGAACAGCCUUUAUUGAUGAUUCUGUGCCCACCCACAAAUCUUCUCUCUAUAUAGGAAUUGGCUAUUCCAUGUCAAUUUUAGGCCCUGCUGUUGGCUAUGUGUUGGGAGGACAGUUGCUAACCGUGUACAUUGAUGCUGAUUUGGGACAAAGCAUUGAUAUCACUGAGGAUGAUCCACGAUGGCUGGGGGCAUGGUGGAUUGGAUUUCUCAUGUCUUGGCUCUUUGCCUGGUCUUUGAUAAUACCUUUUUCUUGCUUUCCAAAGCACUUACCAGGUACAGCAGAAAUUCAAGAUGGAAAAACUUCCCAGAUUCAUCAGAGUAAUUCUUUACAACAUACAGAUGGGAAUUUUGGACAAAGUUUUAAAGAUUUUCCAGCUGCUCUAAAGAAUUUGAUGAGGAAUACUGUCUUUAUGUGUUUAGUUCUAUCAACUUGCUCAGAAGCCUUAGUUACUACUGGAUUUGCUACAUUUUUACCUAAAUUUAUAGAAAAUCAGUUUGGAUUGUCUUCCAGCUCUGCAGCUACCCUUGCAGGGACUGUUUUAAUUCCGGGAGCUGCUCUUGGUCAGAUUUUAGGUGGUAUCCUUGUUUCGAAAUUCAAAAUGACGUGUAAAAACAUAAUGAAGUUUGCUUUGCUCAUGUCUAUAACUGCACUUACACUGACUUUUGUAUUUGUUUAUGCCAACUGUGAAAAUGAGCCAUUUGCAGGUGUAUCUGAAUCAUAUAAUGGGACAGGAGAACUGGGAAACUUGAUCGCUCCUUGUAAUGCCAAUUGUAACUGCCUGCGAUCAUAUUAUUAUCCUAUCUGUGGAGGAAAUGGAAUCCAAUAUUUUUCUCCCUGCUAUGCAGGUUGUACAAAUUCUGUUUCCAAAAGACAUCCAAAGGUAUAUUAUAACUGUUCAUGUAUUGAAAGAAAAACAGAAGUAACACCUACUCCAUCAAGUUUUAGUUUUGAAGCUCAAGCUGGGAAGUGUUCGAGUCAAUGUAAAAACUUGCCUGUAUUCCUUGGCAUUUUCUUUGCUGCAAUUGUUUUUACCUUCAUGGCUGGUACUCCUAUAACUGUGUCUAUCCUAAGGUGUGUUGAUCAAAAGCAGCGGUCUCUAGCAUUGGGAAUACAGUGUGUGUUGCUUCGAUUAUUAGGCACAAUACCUGGGCCUAUUAUAUUUGGCAUCACAAUAGACAGCACAUGUAUUCUCUGGGAUGUCAACGAAUGUGGAAUUAAAGGAGCUUGCUGGAUUUAUAAUAACAUCAAGAUGGCCUAUAUGCUAGUGGCCAUAAGUGUUACUUGUAAAAUUAUCACCAUUUUCUUCAAUGGGCUUGCAGUCUUUUUGUAUAAACCGCCACCAUUAGGCACGGAUGUGCCAUAUCAAAAUCAGAAUUCAGUUGUGACUACGGUUUCAUUAGAAUGUGAUCUCAGCAAAGCAGGGAAUGAUGGGUAAAACAGCAAAAAAGAAGAUUGAAAAUUGGCCUCCAUCUGUAAGAAUACACAUUGUCACUGCAGCAUUAACUAUACAAUAUGGAUAAUCAUAUUUUAAAAAUUGAUAUUUUAUAAUUAAAUGUGUUUUCUGUAUAUGUAUGGACUCUUAAUUUGGUUUUGUUUUAAUAUAAGAAACAGACCUGUGCCUUCAAGGCCCAUCAGAAGCCUCAAAACACACACACACACACACACACACAUAUACACACAGAGAUACAUCUAGGUACGAAAUCCCCAACUAAUAAACUAUACUAGAAACAUAAAACCAAUGAUUAGUUAAAAGUUUACAUUUUAAAAACAAAGUGAUGUUUCUAUCCCUCUUACAACUUGUCUUAUCUUAAUUAUCAUUGCCAAUAGUUUGGGCUUUUUUAGAAAAUUUAUGGUGUAAAAAUUUAAAUUCAUCAAGUUUAUGUUCGAAGUUUCAAGAACUGUUAUUGAAAGACCAUGAAUUUAAAACCAUCUAAAUAAUAUUAUUUGAUUUUAAAUAUACAUAUACUAAUCUGUCCUGGAUUUAUUACAGAAAGUUACUGAACUAUUAGAAUAUUGGUUAAUUACCUUCUUUGUGUCCCAGUACAUAGUGAAUUCAGAAAUAUUAGCAUUGUAUGCACAUAUCUUCACUUUAACUCAAGAAUUCCAGAAAGUGAUUUGUUGAUAUUGCUGAUUUUUAACACUUACCUCUUAUUACUCUAUGAUAGUUUUAUUCAAUUACAUGUCUUCCAGAGGAAUGUGCCAGCUUCAGUAAAGAAAAGUGCCAAUUAGACAGGAAAAGAUCGCUUUUUUUAAAUGGCUUACAUGCAUUUUAUUGAUAUUCUUUGAAAAGAUUUCUUAAUGAACUACUGAUCAAUGUUUGUAUACUCAGUACUUUAACUUUUCUCAUUUUCAAAACUGAUCACCUUUAACUUUUCUCAUUUUAAAAACUGAUCACCUAGUACAUUCCUUAUAGCACUUCAGUAGUGCUUUGCUCAUAGUAGGCAUGUAUUAUUGUUGUUUGAUUAAAACAUUGAACUCUACUCUUUAACUGAUCCACUUAUUUAAAGAUUAAGUAUUUCACAUAUAUGAUAACAUUAUAAUUCCAUUUUUUCAGAUCAGACUUAGGCCAACUUUGUCUACUCAGAAUGUGGAGGAGAUAGAUCAGUGAACAUCAGUAAAAAUAACUGCUACCUGGUCAAGAAUUUUACUGAUUAAAAGAAGUGCUGAAGUUCAUACCCAUUUGAAAUUUCAUAAAAUACGGCUACUAAUUUAAUAAGAUUCAUUAUCAGCUUUUUCCUAGGUUAGCUUUUUACAAGUAGUGUUUUAUAUACACUGUGAUCAGAAUAACAAACAGAGUAAAGGCCUGAUAGGAGACCAGGAUCAGAAGCAUUAGUACUUCACAGAGUUUAGGAGAUUAUGUUUGGUGGUAAUUAGUGGCCAGUGAUGAUUCAAGAAAUGAGUAGCAUUUAUAAAUUGAAAUGCAAGAAGGAAUGCAUUAGAGUUAGGCAAGCAAGCACACUUGAAUAUUAGAGAAUUACAGGAGCAGUGGGUCAGGAAUCAGAGGGACAGACCUACUUAAACCAGGAACAUAUAAACAUCAGAGGUUGAAGCCAGAUGGGUGGUCAAAAACCCAGGUAUUUGAGAAGCAGGAAAUUCAUAACAACCAAAGAGACAGUUCAAGGUAGGCAGGGGAGCAAACACGUGAUACCUCAAUUCAGAAGCAGUCUCCCUCCCACCCAGACGGACACAUUUUAAAUUCCUCUUCGAGCCAAGGCUAAAAGGAGAUUUUAGGCUUUCUAUAUCCUAUACGUGAAAGCAGGGAAUUGAAACAUUUUCUAGCUGU